UGCAAACUCACAGGCUAAACAAGGCAUUCUUACAUAUUUAACAUUCAAAUGCAGAAACCAAGCUAAGCCAUGGGAGAUUCUAAUCAGAAAAGAGCUACACUUCCUGACCAACACAAAAGCUGCAGGAUCAGGAGAUUUGAGAAAUUAAACAUUUAGAGGAAAUUGAGUGCACAUCCUUAUUGGUACAUCCUGGAGUACACCCUGAUCGAUGUCACCACUCAGCCAGAUGUUAAAAUCAUGAUCAGUCAACUCCCAUUGGCUAUUUGAUGUUAACAACGAGUAAUCCAGAUGGGGUGCAGGUGCUGUAAAAUGAUACAAAGCUAUAUCUUUGAUCCAGAAGAUGUACAAUCCUCGAGAUACCCCAAUGAAGUAAACAGUUACAAACCAGACAAGCAAGACAGCAAUAAAUUCAAAGGCGAUCAGAACAGUGAAACUCCGGUGCAUAGAAAUGAACUGCAAAAUGAUGAAUUAAAGAGAACAGAAAAUAAAAACAAGUUCAAUAGCACAAAAGAGGCCUUCUCGAACCACAGAGGAACUGCUCUUGAUGAGGAAGGCCUAGGAAACUGUGUUGAAAAGUUUGACAAUGCUCACAGUGGUGCCAAUUCCUGUCGUGGUAUGCAUCCCCUUCUUAAUCACAACACAAACCGAACCAAAGAAACGAUCACACAUGGAAAUUCCAGCCAGUCAGCAAGUUCUCCUUUAGCCAACAGGACAAGAAACCUCUGCACCAAUGGACUCUCUUUACCAAAUGAAUCUGGCAAAGAAUGUGACCCAGAAACAGGCGAUCACAAGAAGCCGGAGUCAGAAGAGCCAGAAUGUUCUCUAGAUGAGAACUCGCCGUCUGCAGGAGAAAACAGCUCUCUCACAGAAAGUGCAAUACUGGAGACACAAAACGAUGCCACCCAAUUACCAAAGCUGGAUUACCUCCCACAUGGUAGCCAAACUAGAAACUAUCAUGCUCCUAAAAAGGAUAGUUUUUCAGACAAUUACACACAUUCAGACCAAAAUGCAGAGUGUAUAGUGAUAAAUAAGGGUGAGGGCCCUGGCCUAAGCCUGCCUUUGCACAUGAAGGAAAAUUAUGAUUCAGUGGAGGAGGCUCUUAAAACUGAGUCUGUAAAUGUGUGUGUCAAAGAGGACAUGCCUGAUGGUAUUGCAUCUGAGGGCCUCAUAACAGAAGCACAAGAGGAAAAGCACAUUAACCAUAAAGAAAUUAAUGGAAAAAUUGAGGAGGAGGAGGAGGAUGCAGAGGUGGCAGAAGCUCUUGCAGCGCUGGAAGCUGCAACCGCAGGAGAAGAUUAUGAAGAGGAUGAGUAUUAGAUGGAGAGUUCUUUCUUUCUAACACAUUCACAGUAAACUUAGCUUUGGAGCUGUGUGAAACACUAAGGAAUGCAUGUGUUGUACAGAACAGACAAUUAUUGUAUAAAGCACAAAAACAGAAGGAGCUGGGACUAGAACGUUGAUCAUUUUAGCUGCUAAAACACAGUCCUUUACCACCUGAACUGAGGAACUCCCUUGGCUUCUGGUAGUAAUAAGGCCCAUAUCUUUCCCAUAGGCCACGAACAAGGGCAUAGCAUCACUCACACAAAGCCAGCAUGUUACAAUAGAGUUCACGUGAAGGUUUUCUUCAGUUGACUCGAGGGCUUGCACACACCUCAAGUUUCAGGUUCAAAUGAAUCUCGAAGCACAACUAUAAAAAACAGAGUUUCUCCAUUUCCGGUAGAUGCCAUACAAAACCACAGAACUGAAUUAUUUCAGUGUAAAAAAAAAUAUACAACUUACCCUAGGUUCAAAAAACCUUUCAGCAAACUUGACCUGGGAUUCUAGUUUGUUGCAAAGCAUGAAACCAGACAGGUUUCACAUGGUUUGGGUUUCACUGUGACUGCAUCUCACAGCUCUGCUAAUUUCUUAGUCACAAUCUCUUGACUCACCAAUUGUUUACAAAUGGAUUUUGCCUCAGAGCCUCCCAGAAGCAGCAAAACCCACUUGUAAAAAAAUAAAAAUAAAAAAAACAGUGAGGGCUAAAUUCAUCCUGCUGUAACUGGACAGCAGUCCCUAAACUUACAGCAGGGAGACAGAAGGCCCCGAAUCAAGACCCUACACUUUAGAACUUUUGAAUCUCUACUUUCAGAAACGUUUCCCCUUUCUGGAUAAUUUCAUAUUUUUAAUUUCCGGUUAGUAUGUUAAACUUCCUCUCGUACGAUUUCUGGUUGGAAGCCUAGGAGAUAUGGAAAAUAAACACUUCAUGUUUAAAGUCGCCAAAUGUUGGACACUGGCGAAUGGCUGAGAUAGAAAAUGUGCUCCAAGUUUUAUAUUGAGAAUUGGUGGCUCCUGAAUUGAUUAUAAACUGUUAAUAAAAUAAUUGUUUUAAAAUUUAAAGAACCAUUAUCUGUUGACUUUUAUACUGUUAGGUUUCUAAAUUAUUCAACAAUUGCUAAAAAAUAAACUUUCAAAGAAACUUAAUAUAAAACCCAUCCUCAAUUAAUGUGUGUGAAAAUUACCAAUUGUUAUGUCACCUUUGCCUGUGCAAUAUAUGCUAUUUUCCACCAGUCUAUAUGCCAACAGUCUAUUCAAGUGAGGAAAUGAUAGUGGUACUAUGCCAUUGUAAUUCUGCUAAUUUUAGUCGAUGGAUCAGAAUUCUGAAGGUAGAGCUCGUAUCUGAUCUAUCCUAAAACCUUUAAUCUGUAGUGUUUACUUAGACCUAAACUAUACUGAAAAGUUAAGUCGACAUCGACACUUUGGUCAGGGGUGUGAAAAAAAAAAACCACACCCCUAACCGACCUAGCUAUGCUUAUCUAAAUCCCAGCAAAGAUGCAGCUAUGUCGACGGAAUGAUGCUUCUGUUGACCUGGCUACCAUGACGCAGGGUGGCGUUGUUCCCACGCUGUUGGAAAAACCCCUUCCAUCCAUCUAUGCUGCGUCUACACAAUGAGAUUAGGCCAGCAUAGCUAGAGCGACAUGGCUAUGCCAGCGGUCACCAAUGCAUAGACAUAUCCUUAGUUUUUCCCAAAUAAGUACUACAGUAUUAAAUCCAUAUUUCUGCUUCUCAAAACACUACACAUAUUCCUGCUAAUGGUGAUUUAAAUCCCUGCUUCAAGAAAGCUAAACAUGACUGAAAAUGAAAUAGUUGGCACAUUGCAUCUUUAAAAUAAAAAAAGCUCCAUGUGUCCUUAAUACAGAACAUUAGUCUCAAAAGACUGUCCCUUUCUUCUGCCUCCCCGGCAGUGGCUCCAUUUCAGUGAGACGUGAACUUACUCUUGUAUGUGUAUAGUCCGUAAAGUGCCCGGAUGAAAAGCACUGUAUGAGUGAGAUAUUUUUGUGAAACUGAGAUGUGUUAAAUGAUAAUGUUUAGUAAGGCAAAGUUAUACUUACUAAAUCUUUUCAUAUGUGAUUGUAUAUGCACACACACACACACACACAUAUUUACUGUAUUACCAAAUUCCACUUGUAGACAAUUUGUAUAUUAUAGAUAAACCAGACAUACUAAGAAAUUGCAUAUAUGCCCUUAUAUUGUGAAACUAGAUUAUUAUGUAAAUAUAAAAUCUGAAUAUUCUUCUUCAUAUUUCUCAUACUGCAGCUGGUUAGUAGAAAGGAACUCAUCUGUUCAACAAGGCUUAUUAGAACACUCAAUGAAGGAACAAUAUGUUCUGCAUAAAAUAUAAAAAUCAGACUAUACUAAGUUGUGCACCAUAAUUCUGCUGUAUAAAAUCAAAAUGACAUGU